CAAUGAGAAUCGUGUCAUAUUGUUAAUCAUAAACAAAACUACCUAUACCUGUGCUUAGAACUUCCCCCAAGCCUUAGCACUGAGCUACUGUGGUUACAAGCGCUAUAAAUCAUGAUAUGCGGAAAUGGGGUUGAAGCUAUCGCUAAACAGAAAUGUUUUAUCAUCCAAACUGCCGCGUUGCAUUAGCCGCACUAAUGGCGAAAACAAUGGAGAACAUUCCAAGACCUUCAAUACAGUCUUCAGUGACAUCCCAGACACAGUCCUACUUCUUAUCCUCUCGCAUCUAAACACUCAAGACCGGGCGCAUGCGUCCAUGGUGUGUCGCCGCUGGAACCGUGUAUGUCGUGACGCAACGUUAUGGCGCAUGCUCGACUUCUCUGCCAAUGGGGUACCUCGAAAGACCAAAUUGCGUGACAGGCAUAUAAUUCGCUUAAUCUCCCGCAAUCGUCGCUCCCAUGUGGGUCACAUAGACCUAUCGGGACCUUGUUGCAAGAAUAUCACAAAUUUCACUUUGUUUUACGUCGGGCAAAAUUGUCUGCGCCUGCGCACUUUGAACAUCUCUAACUGCAGCCGAGUGACUGACACAGCUCUUGAGGUAGUCAUCAAACACUGCGUGGAAAUCGAGGAACUGGAUAUCGGGAAGUGCUCCGCCGUCACUGGAGCUGGCGUGAUGUUAGCAGUACGCAAGCUCAGACAGCUGGCUCGUCUGGAUGUCAGCGGUGUUACCAUGGUGACGGAUAUGGUGUUGAUGUACAUUGGUCGGUUUGGUCGUCAUCUGAAGUACCUUAAUAUUGAGGGAUCUCGCAAAGUGACAGAUAUGGGGCUUAGUUCGCUAUCAGCACUAAGAAAAACGCUGAGACACUUGAAUCUUAAAAACACCAAACGAAUUACAAAUAACGGUAUUAGCUCUCUGUUAUCAAGACUCCAAAAGUUGGAAAAACUCGAGUUGGGUUUCACCCGGAAAAGUCUUGCGACAAUAGCAGUGUUGAAUUCGGUUGCACAACAUUGCAAACAGCUAACGGAGCUGGACGUGAAGGAGUGGAAAGAGUCAUGUGACAAAGACGUCAUGAUUCAGAUAGCCAAUCAGAACCCUGGCAUUAGGAUAUCUUGUAGUGGUAGCGACUCAAGCAAUCGGCCAGCGGUAAUAACCCUAAGAGACUGGUAGAGAGUUUUAACCAUAUUUGGAUGUAAGACGUUUGAGUUCAAUUUUUGGAAUAAGUUAACUAUUUUGCAGAUGCGAUAUCCAGCUCAGAAUAUUUCCUUUUCUGGAAAAACAAAUAUGGCGGCCUAAAUGGAUUAUGACGUCAUCAUUCAAGCCCCUCGCCUUUUAUCGCCGGGAAGAUAUAUUUUUCGCUUUAAAAGCUUUUCCCCGUCAAUUUUUGCAAUUUUAGAGCAGCCAGUGUGUUAGGUCAUCUUUCCAAGAUAUCUCGUGCAAGGCUUCGAAGCGAUGGAGUAAAAAAUAAGGAAGAUGGUGAGUAUUUAUUCGAGGGGAAUUGGACCGAUUUCGAACCCAAACACAUGUAGAAAUUUGCCAAGAUCUCUCUACAAUAAUUUUUCUGGGCUUAGAAAAAAAUAUCCUGAGAAUAAGGGGUUAUGUAGCUUUCGAAAUCGGUAUGUCUCUAUAUGGGACGCGGCGUCAGUUGCUGGGACGUUUGGUUUCUUUAAACAAUAAAAUAGGGGGGACCCCCUUCGUAUUAACAAAGACAAUGUUUAAAGAACGCUGCUUGGUAGAAAAAUGGUAUAAGAUUAUAUGGCUUUCAACGUUAAUGGAGAUUUGCACCCCGCCUCUGCUACGGCCCUGCCCCUGGUCCAUGGACCCCUUGUUGAAAAUAGGUUUUCUAGUAAUAACAUGUUUUCUAGUGAGGAAAGGGUUUUCUACUUCUAGUAUGAUCCUAGUAUAAACCAAGAGCAUGGAUGAAGGUUGGUUAAAAAGUUUCUAUGUAUUAAAUCCCCAGACCUAACACAGUAUUAUACUUCUGGGUUUUUUAAUUUCGCACUAAAACAUAAUAUAAGACACAGCAUAUUGUGCAUUCAAAAGGUGCAAUGGGCUUUUGAAAUGAGAGGGGAUCUAUGAUGAUUUCACAUCACUUUUAUGUAUGGUGCUUGAUUGUAAAAAUUGUAUGAUUGGACAAAUUGUUUCCACUUUUCUCCCAUUUACUCUGACUGAAAAUUUUCUACCAAAAAAAAUCCAAAUCAUUAGAAUUCUGUUGGAGUAAAAUUGUUUAGGAGAAGAAUGAUAAGCUCAUGAAAAUGAUUUUUGUUUUCAAGACAUAUUGCAUUAUACAUAUGCUGUAAAAACAUUUACAGCAUAACAUGUGUCCACUGCAUUUCUUUGGGAUUGAACAUUUUACCAACAGUCUUGUGUAUUUUGGGGGUGACAAGUUUCCAUCCUUUUUGGGUGUAUGACAUUUUGAGCUCUGUUGGACCAUUCCAUAAUGUUUAUAACUGAAUACUGCCCCCCCUUCCAACCCACCCCUGGGCAAUUAUCCCUCUAACCUUCAAGGCAUAUAAAUCCUAAGCCCAUUCAGUCUUUCGGCUAUCAAGUCAUAGCCCAUUCAUGCUCUAGGGACAUUGUCAAAUAUUUAAAUUUAAGAGUUAUACAAAAGAUGGGCUGGUUGGUACGAGCCAAGCAAAAAAAAUAAAACUGUGUCUUCUAUUUUUUUUAUUUGAUAUUCUGUGUACCACAUGCUUUUUGUGUGUAGGAGAUGAUAUAUAAGCUUAUACCACUAUUAAGUCAUUAAAACAAAUAUGAAAUA